UUGAUAGUUGAAGAGAGAGAAAGAGUAGUUAGUUAGUACUAGUAGUAUGAGUGUGUAGUGGUUUUGUCAUUGUAUGAAGUUAACCACGCAGGAUUCAGACACAAAAGGAGCAACUGCUCAGAACUAAAAAAAAAGAGAGAGAGUGUGUGUAUGACUUUGUUUGCAAUUGCAAAGUCAUUAAUGAAUUUUAUUUAUUAAUAAUAGUAAUAAAUCGAAGGAAGAAGAAAUUCAGAGUGUUGCAGAGAGAAAGAGAGAGGCAUGGCGGCGUUUGCAGUGCAGAGAUAGCUGUAAAAAGACUGUGAAACACACAAGUUAUUACACAGAGAAAAAAGCAAGUAAGAAAGAAAGGUUGAACCUAAGCUUAGGUGGGAGGAAGAGAAGAAGUGAAGGAGUGAAAUUGAAAGCGUAAUUAACGCUGCUGCUGCUGUCCGACACUGUUUAAGCCGUCUGUCUGUCUGUGUUUCCAUCCUUUCCUUCCUUAACCUCAAUUACUCUCUCUUUCCCCCCAACCACAACGGUUACAAGGAGACAUGUUUUCAAUUUCUCUGUGUUUUUUUGUGUGUUGAGACGCACGCACACACAAAUCCCAAUUCAUUCUUCAACUCAACUAUUUAUUUAAUUAAAUUACCUCUUCAUUUUCAUUAUUUCUCUAUGUUCUUAACAAACAAAACAAAAAAACCGAUUUAGGUUUUUGAUAUGGAAAUUGAGUCCAAAAUAUUAAAGUACUACUUAUUAGGGUUAAAAUUGUCAAAAAAAUGGCUGGUUUAUUCUCAUUAGGAGGCGGAGGAGGUGGAGGAAGAGGAGGAGAAUCAAACCAACAAGGUCAUCAGCAAGGUCAAAUUACUCCACAAGAAGCUCUACUUUGGUACAACAAAAACGACGACGUUUCAUCUUACAGAGGAAAUUUAGAAUUAUGGAACCAACAGCAGCAACACCAGCACCACCACCAGCAGCACCAGAACCAACAACAAGAAGAGGAUAUGCAUGGUGUUAACGUUGCAAGGCCGUUCUUUUCGCGAGAUCUCUAUGGAUUAGGAGUGGGACCCAGUAGGGUUUCAUCAGAUGAUCAUUCAUCACCAAGAUCAGCAGCUGCUGCUUUUAAUAUGACAGUAAGGUCAUCAGCUGGUGGUGGUGGUGGUGUUGUUGAAGGAAUAAGCUGUCAAGAUUGUGGUAACCAAGCUAAAAAAGAUUGUACUCACAUGAGAUGUAGAACUUGUUGUAAAAGCCGUGGUUUUCAUUGUCAAACUCAUGUUAAAAGUACUUGGGUACCAGCUUCAAGACGCCGUGAACGUCAACAACAAUUAACUUCAUCAUCUUCUUUACAACAACAACAACAGCAACAGAGAGAUAUUUCUAAACGACCUAGAGAUUCUCUUGUCCCUACUCGCAAUUUCCCUUCAGGGUUAGAGGAAGCAAAUUUUCCAGCUGUGGUUAGUUCUCCAGCAGAGUUUAGGUGUGUAAGGGUUAGCUCAAUUGAUGAGGCAGAUGAUAGGUAUGCAUAUCAAACGGCUGUAAACAUUGGAGGGCAUUUGUUCAAAGGAAUUCUCUAUGACUUUGGUCCAGAAACUAGUAGCAACAAUAACAACAAUAAUAAUUAUAAUAGUAGUAAUUACAUGAUUGGGGAGACUUCAGGUGGAAGCGGUGUUGGUGUCGCUCAGCCGUUGAACCUAAUCACCGACUCUGAUGUCACUGUUGCUGCCUCUUCAGGGGCACUUGUUGAUCCUUCUUCAUUGUAUUCGGCUGCUGCCCCGAUUAAUGCCUUCAUGACGGCUAGUGGUACGCAAUUCUUCCCUCGCCCGAGAUCUUGAAAACAAAAUUGAGAAGAAAGAGGAGUUAUUAUGGGGAUCAUGGAGUAUAUAUAUUAUCCCACAUAUAUACUUCUCUUUCACCAAAAUUUGUGUUUUCAAUCAUUUGAUCAUGACAUUGUUGUUGUGGCCUUGUAGUUGAGGUAAAUUUGACACACAUAUUGAAGUAGUAGAAGAGAUUAUAUUAAGGAUGGUUGAUUUUUGUGCAAUUAUCAAUGCUUAGAUCAAAAUAUAUUUAUUUUUCUCCUCCUUGAAAAACUAGCUUACCAAAGCUAAUGUUUCUUUCCAUGUGUACUAUAUAAUGGACUUCUAUAUGGUUCUAUUGUUUAAUCUAGUUUAAUUUAGUGUA